AAAACCAUUUGUAUUUUUUUCAGUCUUACGAAAUUACUGAAAAGCAACGGCAUUGAAUCUUCUAAAUGUUGAUCGGAUCAGAUUAAUAGGGCCAAGCUGAAUGUCCGUUCCCUAUGCCUUCAGCAUGUGGGUCCUCGGCGCCGUUUCUGUAGCCUGUCUACUGGUUACUCCAUCCUUGGCUGGGAUCAAAGACCUCGGGUCUCACUUCGCUGACCCUGAACCCCGAGGCUUUGAGGCGGGGGGGGCCGUGGACAUGGAGGCCGUCCCCAUGGAAUUCCACAAAGAAAACACGGUCACCAAUGACCUGGUUUUUGAUGGCUUCGAGGAUGCCGAUUAUAUUGAUUUUGACAAGAUCUUGGCCGCAGGCAGCGACGACUACACGGAAGGGGAUGAGAUCGAUGAGAUUGCCACUCCGGCCCCAGACAUUGACAUCUUUGCCGAACCCUCCGACCCCAAGAUCCGCCGCGCCAGACUCUUGCGUCUGUUCCACGGCCGCUCUCGCCUCCAACGCCUCAACAUGGUCAAUGCCCACUUCGGCUUCAACCUCUAUCGGAGUAUCCGCAACGACGUCAACCAGAGCGACAACAUCCUGCUGGCGCCCGCCGCGAUCUCUGUCGCCAUGGGGAUGAUGUCUUUGGGGGCGGGUCCUGGAAGCCAGGAUCAAAUCUACAGAGCGCUGGGAUUUGCAGACUUUGUCAACGCAAGCCAUCAUUACGACAACGCCACGGUGCACAAGCUCUUCAGGAAGCUGACGCACAGGCUCUUCAGGAGGAACUUUGGCUACACGCUGCGCUCAGUGAACGACGUGUAUGUGAAGAGGAACGUGGUAGUGAAAGAUGCCUUCCGUGCCCAGACCAAGGCGUUUUAUUUUGCAGAGCCGCAGUCGGUGGACUUCGGGGACCCGGCCUUUCUAGACAAAGCCAACCGCCGUAUCCUGAAGCUGACCAAAGGGCUGAUCAAGGAGCCGCUCAAGAGCGUGGACCCAAAUAUGGUGCUGAUGCUGCUCAACUACCUGUACUUCAAAGGUACAUGGGAACAGAAGUUCCCCAAGGAAACGACUCACUUACGCAACUUCAGAGUGAACGAAAAGACAAACGUGCGUGUGCCAAUGAUGAGCAACAAGGGGAACUAUCUGGCGGCUGCCGACCACGAGCUAGAGUGUGACAUCCUACAGCUCCCUUACACAGGAGAGAUCAGCAUGCUCAUCGCCCUGCCGAGUAAGAUCACCGGCAUGAGGACCUUGGAGCAGGAGAUCUCUCCCACUGUUGUCAACAAGUGGCUCAAAAACAUGACAAACAGGACUCGAGAGGUGGUGAUACCCCGGUUUAAACUAGAGCAGAACUAUGACUUGAUCGCAAACUUGAAGGAGAUGGGCCUCACAGACUUGUUCCAGGAGAGUGGGGAUUUCUCUGCCAUGACCUCCGAUAAGGUCUCCAUGAGCUGGCUCAAGCACCAGGGGACCAUCACGGUAAACGAGGAGGGGACGGAGGCUGCUGCUCUGACCCAGGUGGGCUUCAUGCCCCUCUCCUCUCAGAUCCGCUUCACGGCGGACCACCCCUUCCUCUUCCUGAUCUACGAGCACCGCACAGACUGCCUUGUGUUCAUGGGCCGGCUGGUCAAUCCUUCAAUGAACUAAUAUGUUCACUACGAAUUCAAUAUUAAUUCCAUACAUCCAACUAAAACAUAACUGAUUGAAAUACCCGGGAUGUUGUUUUGUUAAUAAUGAACUAUUUCUGCAUUACAAAAUGUUUGUGGAAGAUGAAGUAAUGAGUCCUUAUAUGUAUGUAGUCUCUUUCUUUUUCAUAUUUCUCAUAGUAUUGUGAGACUACUGGAGUGACAAACAAAUCUUAAAUCUAAAUUAUUAAUGUAUGUAACGUAAUCUAUAUAACUUAAAGGAGCAAUCAGUCAGGCUGCAGUAAAAAGCUAAAUUCUCUACAAGAGCUCUGGUACGUUACCCGCUAACCGCCGCCAAAGUCGUCUUAAAAUUAGGAUGUUUCCUGUGGUACCUUGAAUAGAGCUAACCACCAUUUAAUAUUCAGCAGAGAAGUGGCACACGGAAGCUGGCUCUGCAGCCACCACGGUAAAUAUUUGAGUAAAACGCUAACUAAUCUCUUCAUUCAUCUGGAGCAC